GGCCCCUUGGGCGUGUGACCUGUACAAGCGUGCCUGAAACGACGCGUCUCAAAAUCAAAACAGAACCGGCGUUCCCCGUCGUAUGGGUUCUCAAUCUCUCUAGCCAGAAUCUCAAUCAUCAGGAUUCCCCGAUAUGACUCUGUCAUACGAGCAGCAGCGUUUACAGAACAUCAAAGACAAUGAAGACCUACUCAAGUCUCUUGGUCUUUCCAGCGUAGCCCCUGCUGCCCCAAAGACUCCCAAGGCCACAAAGCCCAAGCCGACUCCCAGUAAAACCAAGAAGAACGUGACGCCCAGAAGCGCUGUGGCGAGGCAGGCUGCCAACGGCAGCUCUUCGGAAAACACUACUCCUGCACCCCAAGAGGACAGUGGUAACAGACGGAGAAGUCUGAGAACCGGCGGUGAAAACAGGCCCAACUACCUCAAGGAGAAAGUCUCUGGGAGCUACUCGCGAAGCUUGGAGGGCUCGCCGUCGAAGAGGAGCUUUGUGGACGAUGGUGACGACGACGAUGACCGACAGAGGAAAGCUCAGAAGUUGGGAGUGAGACUGCAUGACCCGAAAACCUUUGGACAGAUCCCCAAUGUAGAAGUGGGGAGGUGGUGGUCCAGUCGAAUGGAGGCAUCCACAGACGCCAUACACGCUCCAACAGUCGCGGGUAUUUCCGGAAAUGCAAAAGAUGGUGCAUGGUCUGUAGCUCUUUCUGGAGGGUACCCUGACGACAUCGACUUGGGCUACGCUUUCACCUACACCGGCUGCGGUGGGCGAGACUUGAAAGGAACCAAACAAAACCCUAAAAACCUGCGAACCGCUCCCCAGACCUCCCAUCAGAGCUUUGACAACCCUCUGAAUGCUGCACUCAAAGUGAGCGCAAUAUUCAUUGUUCAUUGUGCAACUUGCUGACCAUCCCUCGCCCUCAUUCUCAGCGUUCUGCCGAGAGCAAAAAGCCCGUUCGAGUGGUCCGCGGCUAUAAACUGCAGUCCAAGUACGCUCCGGUCACAGGCUAUCGAUACGACGGCUUGUACAUUGUGGAGAAGGCGUGGAUGUCAAAGGGCCUCACGAAUGGGCUGAUGGUUUGUCGGUAUGCGUUUAAAAGGAUGGAUGGCCAACCCCCUCUCCCAGAAAACGAUUUGGGGAAGGAGGCGGACGAAGCCGACAGCUCCGAAGUACCGGACGAGAGCGCCAAGUAGCUACAGAAGACCAAAAGGGCGAAUCACUUGGGAAGUGCUCAAACCGCCAGUGGGCUAGCAUGGGGCCGUUUCUAUUCUAGCCAGCAGUAGCACUCAUUCAUCAUGCAA